UCCCAUCUUCUCUCCUCCACCACCACCACCUUCUCUCCAUUUUCUUCCCUCCAAUUUACCUCUCAACAAGUUAACACAAACCCACCAAACUAAACAAAAACAAAAAAACAAAAAAGAAACAAAUUCUUAAUUCUUUUCUUAGACAGAGAGAGAGAGAGAGAUAGAGAGAUUUUGGGUUUGCAUUUUUCUCCUUCUCUUCAUUGAAAGUUCUCUUCUUUUUUUGGGGUCUUAAAUUCCUUGUGGGAUUUUGAUUAGAUGGGUAAUGUGACAUCAAAUGUGGCGGCCAAGUUCGCAUUCUUCCCGCCGGAGCCAGCAACAUACGGCGUCACAAAAGAUGAAGAGACCGGGAAGCUGGUCUUCGCCGGAGUCUCGCCGGACAAGAACGUAGAAGUCCACCAGCUCAGCACCAAGUCCGGUAACAAAGUCGUGGCCACGUUCUGGAGACACCCUUUUGCGAGAUUCACGCUUCUCUAUUCCCAUGGCAACGCAGCUGAUCUUGGCCAAAUGGUCGAGCUCUUCAUCGAGCUCCGUGCUCAUCUCCGCGUCAACAUCAUGAGCUAUGAUUAUUCAGGCUAUGGAGCUUCAACAGGAAAGCCGUCUGAGUUCAACACAUAUUAUGACAUUGAGGCAGUGUACAAUUGCUUGAGGAGCGAUUAUGGGAUCAAGCAAGAGGAGCUGAUUCUGUACGGACAGUCUGUAGGAAGCGGGCCAACAUUGCACAUGGCUUCUCGGUUGAAGAGGCUGAGAGGAGUUGUUCUUCACAGCGCCAUUCUCUCUGGCAUUAGAGUGCUGUAUCCUGUCAAAAUGACACUCUGGUUCGAUAUCUACAAAAACAUAGACAAGAUUCGCCAUGUCAACUCCCAAGUACUUGUCAUACAUGGUACAAAUGAUGAGAUUGUGGAUUUGUCUCAUGGGAAGCGGUUGUGGGAGCUGGCGAAGGAGAAGUAUGAUCCUUUAUGGGUGAAAGGAGGAGGGCAUUGCAACCUCGAGACCUACCCAGAGUACAUUAAGCACCUGCGCAAGUUCAUAAACGCAAUGGAGAAACUCUCCUUAACCAAUCCACCACCUAAACAACUAACCAAUGAGCCUAGUAUCACUGAAACUAAGCAUAAUCGUUGCUUGAGAUUUGGGAAAAGGUAGGUUGGGUUUCUGGAGGUAGUAGCAGAGAAUCACAAGACAAUUGGUAGAUUCCUUCCUUCUGCAUCGCAUUCGCAUGUGCUUUUAAGUCAGGAAAUGCUCAUUUCGAUCUCUUAGAACUCCAAAAGCUUGUGCAGAGUCAUUUCCUCAGUGUGAUUCAAACCAAUGCUAAACACAGGGUCACAGACAAUGGGCUGAAGAAGAAAGAUCAUCCAAAGAGGCACUUGCUGUAGAUUGUAGCACUGUUCUUAGAUUUGCUCCAUGUUCAAUCUCAUGUAACAAGAAACUGUAAUGUAGCACCAAGUUUGGAGUUUUUUCG